CGGCCAACUUCACGCCGAGAGUGAGCCAAAGUGACAGUGACAGCUGCGGUCGAGCAAAUGCAAAUGAAAUAGAGAAGAAAUUUUCAACAAUUGCUAUUGUAGUGAAAAACUUAGAGUUGUAGAUAAAAAUGGGAAAUGAAACAUCUUUGCCCAUGGAAAUGUGCUCCAAUUUUGACGCGGAUGAAAUUCGUCGUCUGGGCAAACGUUUCCGGAAGUUAGAUCUCGAUAAUUCUGGCGCGCUGAGCGUGGACGAGUUCAUGUCAUUGCCGGAAUUGCAGCAAAAUCCACUGGUUCAGCGCGUGAUCGACAUAUUCGAUGCCGAUGGGAAUGGCGAGGUGGACUUCAAAGAGUUCAUCCAGGGCGUUUCGCAGUUCAGCGUGAAGGGCGACAAGCUGUCCAAGCUGCGAUUUGCAUUUCGGAUAUAUGAUAUGGACAAUGAUGGAUAUAUAUCCAAUGGGGAGUUGUUUCAAGUGUUAAAAAUGAUGGUCGGAAAUAACCUAAAAGACACUCAAUUGCAACAAAUUGUUGAUAAAACUAUCGUUUUCGCGGAUAAGGAUGAAGAUGGAAAAAUUUCAUUUGAUGAAUUUUGUUCCGUUGUUGGAAAUACUGAUAUUCAUAAAAAGAUGGUUGUUGAUGUUUAAAAAUGUAUUCAUAGAACACCUUAUUAUUUUUCUUUUUGUUUAAAUGUAGUCAAGAGGCAAUUAGUUAUUUUUGUUUUUCUUUUCUACCAUAUCUGUGUAUAGUUUCUUUUUCUUCUUUAACCAAUGAAAAAAUAAAACAUGAGAACAAAAAGAGCAAAUAUAUAUAUAUAUGAAAAGUUGGAUACUUUCUAUUUGAGUCAUUUUUUUGAGAGAAGAAAAGUGAGAAAAAAGUUGUCAAGAUAAGAGAAAUGAUCUUUUUUAUUUUUGGUUUUAAAUGAGUAAAAAUUACAUAAAGAAUAAAUUGAAGAAGAAAAAAAUGAUAAAGUGACAAUUACAAAAUUACUAGAUUUAAUAAAUAUAUAGGGUAAAAAUAUCAAAAGAGUAAUAAUAAAUUGAAGAGAUUCACAAUCCUUGCAUUUCAGUUCAGAAAUUCUUAAUGUGAAAAAAUAGAGUAAAUAAAAAGAAGAAAAAGAAGGAAAAGAAAACUCGUAGCUUGAUAAUUGAGAUGAAAAAAAAAUGAGAGAAUAGAUCCUAUGUCGAUAUCACGCCCUUUGUCUGAUUAAAACUUAAAGAAUCCCUUAUAUAUAUACAUGUAUGUACAAAAUUUGAGUUGUUUUUAUUUGUUUACUCCUUUUAAAAAAAACCACUUUUACGUUCAUCUGCACAUAUUUUUGACAAGAAAAAAAACAAGGUAUAAACAUUUAUAUAUAUAUUUUUUAUUUCUGCCAUAUAUAUUGUAGUCGAUAAAAUAUGUUUGUAAUUAAUGUGUUUGUAUAUGAUAAAAAAACAAGAAACAUCUUCUUUUCAUAAUCCAUUUUUCGUGUUAAAUAUAAAUUCCUUAAAAAUAUCUUUACAUUGUAAUACGAGAUGAGAUGAAAAAAAAACUUUAAAACUUAGAACAAUUUAAAAAAAAGAUGAAAGUCAUAUUACUUUUAAUGAAUAAAAUGACACUGUAUCUUGUGUAAAGUGUGCCAACAGAAGCGCUCGAAACUAAUAAUCCGAUAAAGUCACACAAGUUGAAACUCUUGGCUACUGCACAGUGUAUAAUUGUGAGAAAUUAAGCGGCGCGCGAAUGCAUUUCGGCGGGGUUUUGCGCGGAGUUUGCUGGAAAUUGUGUGUGCGGCAAAUGGAAUGUUAAUAGCUUUAUUAUUCGUCAAGAGUCGAUCCUUGUGCGCUGUCGCUAAAGUGUUAUAAUCUGAUAGCAUUCUUUUUAGUGCAAAAAAAAUGUGUAAAAUCUUCUGUCUUGCCUUUCGGAUGAGGUGGGGAGGGGAGGGGAGAGGAGGGGAUAAAAGCUGUGCGGAAAACCUUGCGAAAUGCACUCGAUUUGCGCCUGGUUUAAUUUGAUGCGAGGAAAGAAAUAGAAGAUCUCUGCCUUAUAAUAACUGUUUGUAUGAGUGUUUCAACAUUGGAGAGAAACAGUUUUAAUUAAAAAAAAAGAAGAUGAAAA